GAAGAGCUCACGCUCGUCGUAAGGGGUUGGAGGGGCCGCUUUAUCAGCACUGGGAAACUUGGCCUGAUAGAGCUGCAGGGAGAGACCCCCCCCUCUCCUCAUCCCUUCUCCUGGGGGGGAGCCGUACCCGGGAGCGAGCCAGCGGCCGUCAGCACUGGGGAGGGGGUCCCCGGAUACACCUCACCCCCCCAAUGGCGGUGUCUCGGGCGGGAUCCCGGGAUAUUCCAUUAUGUAACCAUGUUUAAUAUCCCAUUUGGAGGAACCACACCACCAUGGCUUGGGUCGUGAAGUAAAGUAUUUUCAAUAAAGUGCUUAUAGAAUCGAAGCCUAUCAAUAUGACUGAUCCGAUGAUGGAUUUUUUUGAUGACACACACCUAUUUGAUGAAACAUUGGGCUUAUCUGAUGAUGCAUUUGCUCAGCAUGAUGCAGUGUCCUUGGUUGAUGAAUUAAACCUUGGAGCAGAGUUUGAACCGCUCCAUGUCGAUUCUUUAAAUCAUGUGCCGGAUUCUCAAACGCACCAGAAAAUCAGUGAGUUUGAUGCACUCAGUCAGUUUGAUUCUAUUAAGUUACAUCCAGUAAACCAGUCUUACAGUAGCCCAGUUGAGAGUGUCCUGUCUCCAAGAUCACAAUUCAGCUGCUCUCCAAUACAUCCACCAAGUCAAGGGAAUGGUAUAUUUUCUGAUGAUGGAAGCCCCAUGUGGGGCCACCAAACUGCCACAAGUAUUCCAAGUCAAAAUGGCUCCCCAUUCCAUCAACAUGGACACACUCAGACUAUGCAGCAAAGUAAAGGAUAUGUAACGCACCAUGAUUUUGCCUUGUUUCAGGCCAGUGAACAGCAGAGGGUCUCAGCACCACAGCCACAGCACAAUAGGCACAGUAUCACUGCGUGCCAGGAGACCCUGACCCAACAAAAAAACUUCAUAGAUAUUAAUGUUUCUUUGCCACAUAGGACUUCUAAUGCUCAGCACACACCAAUGGUUAAUCAUACAAAUUUACAAGAGUCUUUACCUUUAGAACAAUUUUCUCAAUCAGCGGCAUCAUUGCACUUUUGUAGCAACCCUAUUGGGACACAACACGAGAGUACGUUUGAUAGCCACUCUCCAGCACCAUGUUCUGUGAAUGCUACAGCACCAUUUUCAGCUCAUUAUCCUUUCUCUAACAACCACCUUAAUCACGGCACGCAUUCUUUGUCCGAUUUUACUGAAAGCCCAGGAUUUCCAGAAUUAGGAACUAAGCAGGAACCUAGUCAUCAUGUCCUCAACCCUAGUGAACAAUUGCAUUCUAAUGAUUUCCACAUGGUGCAUUCUUCACAUUCUCAGGGUAACUACAAUGGAACAAAAAUGUCUCCAAUGACCAUCAGCUUUCCAUCCCAAGAUGGUUCUUCUGUUCGGUUGAGUCACUUUAAUGAUCAUAUGGAGAGUAAUGGCUUUUCACCUUUGGAAGACAACCUGUUGCAGCAAGUAAAUGCACAAACAGAACCAUUCACAGGGCUUGAUCCAGAGGAUUUGCUACAGGAAGAUUUACUGCCGCACUUUGAUGAUGCAGCCUAUGUCCAAGAGCGCUCAAAUUCACACCAAGCUGUGAUCGAGCACCCUGACAACAUGGCCCACAGUGAACAGCAUCCCAUGAGUGUUCCCAAUGACCUUAUAAACUCGCAGCGACUAAGCCAGCAUAAUCCCUGGAGCUCCACAGCAUGUAAUCAUCUCAGUCUGAUUGAUCGACAACACGUGACUUCCCAAGGAAAGCCUCCAUCCUCUAGAAAGCUUGAUGGUUCUCGGACCUACCACAAACUGCCAAAUUCCAAGGUGAGAUCGGUAUCUGAGAGGCGCCCUAAAAAAAAGGUGGAUUCGGAAAGCAAGCAGGAGAAGGCUAAUCGUAUUAUAUCUGAAGCAAUUGCCAAAGCCAAGGAGAGGGGUGAGAGGAACAUUCCCAGGGUCAUGAGCCCUGACAACUUCCCCACCGUCUCCUCUUCAGAGGGCAAGGAGGAGAAACGUGGGCGGAAAGCAAAGUCAAAACCUAAGGAAAAAGUGAGCAAGAAAACCAAAGCUGGGCUGACCUCCAAACUGAAAGAAAAGAAGAAGAUUGGAAAGUUGAUAAUUACUUUGGGCCGGAAGCAGAAGAGAAAGCUUGAAUCCUCCGAUGAUGUCUCUGACAUUGACACAACUUCUCGGAAGAAAGAUGAAGAUCCUCAGGUCAAUGUGAGUUGUUGGGGUAUUUCCCUAGUUCAUAGGCAAAGUGAGAAGAAACGGAGAUCGAACCGCCAGAUAAAGAGGAAGAAAUAUGCAGAGGAAGUGGAGGGGAAACACUCUGAAGAUGAACCAAAGGCCAAUGUUAAAACCAAGAAGGGUUCUAACACUCUGCCUGCAGAGCAACCUUUACAGCUGUUUGUGGAGAACCCAAGUGAAGAGGAUGCUGCAAUUGUGGAUAAAAUUCUAUCAUCCAGGGUCAUAAAGAAAGAGACUCCAUCUGGGAUGUUGGUUGAGGUGGAAGAAUUUUACGUCAAGUACAAAAAUUACUCUUAUUUGCACUGCGAAUGGGCCACCGAGCAGCAGCUGCUGAAGGAUAAAAGAAUUCAGCAGAAGAUAAAACGUUUCAAGAUCCGGCAGGCACAACGAGCACACUUUUUUGCUGAUAUGGAAGAAGAACUAUUUAACUCAGAUUAUGUAGAAGUUGAUCGCGUGCUAGAAGUUUCUUUCUGUGAAGAUAAAGAUACAGGAGAGCCUGUAAUUUAUUAUUUGAUAAAGUGGUGUUCCCUUCCAUAUGAAGACAGCACAUGGGAACUGAAGGAAGACGUUGAACAGUCCAAAAUAGAAGAGUUUGAACAGCUACAGGCUGUUAGGCCAGACACUAGGAAGGUGGAUCGACCGCCCCCUAAUUUCUGGAAGAAGAUCAACCAAUCACGAGAGUAUAAAACUGGGAAUCAGCUCAGAGAAUACCAACUGGAAGGACUUAACUGGUUGCUUUUCAACUGGUACAACAGACGGAACUGCAUUCUAGCAGAUGAGAUGGGUUUGGGUAAAACUAUCCAAAGCAUAACAUUCCUGCAUGAGAUCUUCCUGACUGGCAUCCGUUGCCCUUUCCUUAUCAUCGCUCCACUCUCCACCAUCACUAACUGGGAACGAGAAUUUCGCACGUGGACAGACCUCAACGUAGUUGUGUAUCAUGGAAGCAUGAUAAGCCGGCAGAUGAUUCAGCAAUAUGAAAUGUAUUUCCGGGACUCCCAAGGUCGUGUUAUCCGAGGGACAUACAAGUUCAAUGCCAUUAUCACUACGUUUGAGAUGAUCCUGGGGGGCUGCCCAGAACUCAAUGCUAUUGAAUGGAGAUGUGUUAUAAUUGAUGAGGCACACAGGCUGAAAAACAAGAACUGCAAAUUGCUUGAGGGUCUGAAACUAAUGAAUCUGGAACACAAGGUGCUUCUAACAGGAACUCCCCUACAAAACACAGUGGAGGAACUCUUUAGCCUGCUGCACUUCCUGGAGCCUCUGCGCUUUCCCUCCGAGUCUACCUUCAUGCAGGAGUUUGGAGACCUCAAGACCGAGGAGCAGGUUCAGAAACUUCAGGCUAUUCUUAAACCAAUGAUGCUUCGGCGACUUAAAGAAGAUGUGGAGAAAAAAUUGGCCCCUAAAGAGGAAACGAUCAUAGAGGUCGAGCUGACAAACAUCCAGAAGAAAUAUUAUAGGGCCAUCCUGGAGAAGAACUUUUCCUUCUUGUCUAAAGGGGUUGGGCAAGCAAAUGUUCCCAACCUAGUAAACACCAUGAUGGAACUGCGUAAAUGUUGUAACCACCCAUAUCUCAUCAAAGGUGCUGAAGAGAAGAUCCUUGGAGAGUUCAGGGAAACCCACAAUCCUAUGGCUCUGGAUUUCUACCUCCAGGCCAUGAUCCAAUCUGCUGGGAAGCUGGUCCUUAUUGAUAAACUGCUGCCCAAAAUGAAAGCAGGAGGCCACAAGGUGCUCAUCUUCUCUCAGAUGGUGCGUUGUCUGGACAUUCUAGAGGAUUAUCUCAUGCACAAAAGAUAUCUGUACGAACGCAUAGAUGGACGAGUUCGAGGAAACCUCCGGCAAGCUGCUAUUGAUCGCUUUAGUAAGCCAGAUUCAGAUCGCUUUGUAUUCUUGCUUUGCACCAGGGCAGGUGGUCUGGGAAUUAACUUGACUGCUGCUGACACCUGUAUCAUAUUCGACUCUGACUGGAACCCACAGAAUGACCUCCAGGCACAAGCAAGAUGUCAUAGAAUUGGUCAGAACAAGGCUGUGAAGGUUUACAGACUAGUAACAAGAAAUUCUUAUGAACGGGAGAUGUUUGACCGAGCUAGCCUUAAGUUGGGUUUAGACAAAGCUGUGCUACAGAGCAUGAGUGGAAGAGAAAACAGUGUUGGUGGGAUUCAGCAGCUAUCAAAGAAAGAGAUUGAAGACCUCCUUAGGCGUGGAGCAUAUGGAGCCAUCAUGGAUGAAGAAGAUGAAGGGUCAAAGUUUUGUGAGGAAGAUAUUGACCAGAUUCUUCAGAGGAGGACAAAGACAAUCACCAUAGAAUCUGAGGGCAGAGGUUCAACAUUUGCUAAGGCCAGCUUUGUGGCUUCUGGUAAUAGAACUGACAUCUCAUUGGAUGAUCCAAAUUUCUGGCAGAAGUGGGCAAAAAAGGCUGAAAUUGACAUUGACUCAGUUAGUGGACGAAACAGUUUGGUUAUAGACACACCCAGAAUCCGCAAACAGACUCGGCCCUUUAGUGCCACAAAGGAAGAACUGGAGGAGCUGUCUGAGGCAGAAAGUGAAGGAGAUGACAAACCCAAACUGCGAAGACCGUAUGAUCGAUCCAAUGGCUAUGGAAGGACAGAGUGCUUUCGUGUGGAGAAGAAUCUUCUUGUAUAUGGGUGGGGAAGAUGGAGAGACAUUUUGUCUCAUGGUCGUUUCAAGAGGCAGCUAAACGAGCAAGAUGUUGAAAUCAUAUGCCGAGCUUUGCUGGCUUACUGUCUAGUGCACUACAGGGGAGAUGACAAAAUCAAGAGCUUCAUCUGGGACCUCAUCACUCCAACAGAAGAUGGGCAGACACGAGAGUUACAGAACCAUCUUGGCUUGUCUGCUCCAGUACCACGGGGAAGAAAAGGGAAGAAAGUGAAAUCUCAGACUAGCACCUUUGACAUCCACAAGGCUGAAUGGUUGCGGAAAUAUAACCCAGAGCACCUACUGCAGGAUGAUGGGUACAAAAAGCACUUAAAGCAUCACUGCAACAAGGUUUUACUUCGAGUGAGAAUGCUGUACUAUCUCAAACAAGAAGUGAUUGGUGCUCACAGCAUGAAAGUUCUGGAGGGAGGGGAUGUCAGUGAAAUCAAUCUAUGGGUUCCUGAACCAGAUCAUUCGGAGUUACCUGUGAACUGGUGGGAUGCUGAAGCCGACAAGUCUCUUCUAAUAGGGGUGUAUAAGCAUGGUUAUGAAAAAUACAACACUAUCAGGGCAGACCCAGCACUCUGCUUCCUGGAAAGAGCUGGAAAGCCAGAUGAAAAGGCAGUGGCAGCAGAACAAAGGGCGAAUGAUUACAUAGAUGGUGAUGUUGAAGAUCCAGAGUACAAACCAGCUCCUGCUUUAUUUAAAGAUGACAUGGAGGAUGAUGCUUCAUCUCCAGGUGAUCUUAUUAUAGCAGAUGGUGAUGGGCAGGUGCCUGAAGGUGAUAAAGGUUACUGGCCAACACAGUCAGCACUGACCACGCGCCUUCGUCGACUUAUAACAACAUUCCAGCGCACUUCAAAGUUUAGGCAGAUCCAGCAAAUUCCAACAAUGUUUCCAAUUCACGCAACAGUAACACAAGCACCUUAUGAAGAUGCUUCCUUGAAUCCAAAAGUUGCUGCAAAAAUAGAAAGACAGCAGAGGUGGACUCGAAGAGAGGAAGCUGACUUUUACCGGGUUGUCUCUACAUUUGGUGUGGUGUUUGAUCCAGGGAGGGGUCAGUUUGAUUGGACAAAAUUUCGAGCAAUGGCCAGACUACAUAAGAAGACAGACGAAAGUCUUGAAAAAUAUCUCUAUGCCUUUAUAGCAAUGUGUCGGAGGGUGUGUCGGCUGCCUUCUAAAGAAGACAUGGUGGACACAUCCGUAUCAAUCCAGCCAAUCACAGAGGAGAGAGCCUCCAGAACUCUGUACCGUAUUGAGCUUUUGAGGAAGGUCCGAGAGCAGGCUAUACGUCAUCCACAGCUGUUUGAGCGUUUAAAACUUUGCCAACCAAACCCUGACUUGCCUGUGUGGUGGGAAUGUGGUACACAUGAUAGAGAUUUGUUAAUCGGAGCUGCUAAACAUGGUGUAAGCAGGACAGACUACCACAUUUUGCGGGAUCCUGAGCUUUCCUUUAUGGCAUCUCAAAAGAACUACAACCAUAAUAAAGGAACCUCCUCUACUUCUCUUAUAGUUCCACCAAACCAGCUGCCAUUGUCAUCCUCACCACUUACUCCUCAAUCCAGAACACAUGAACUAAAGGGGAGUCCUAAUGAGGAGGUUAAACUUAAAAAUGAUGCCGGAAAGGAGGAUAUUGUAAUGGCAGAGGAAGAACCUAUGAAAAUGAAAGAAGAGGCACUAAGUCUUGUCAAUGGCCCUCUGACUCCUACUGGAGAACCUAGACCGGCUGUCAAGUCAGAGACAGACAGACGCAUGGUGGCAGCAAGGACUGAGCCUCUUACUCCAAACCUAACUUCCAAGAAACAAAGAAUUGGCAAACUGGGUUCAGCCUCAAGUUCAGACACUGAAUCAGAUUCAAACCGAUCCACCUGCUCCUCUAGAUCUUCCUCUUCCUCAUCUUCCUCCUCUUCUUGCUCACGCUCAGGAUCCAGUUCUUCCUCCUCUUCUUCCUCCUCUUGCUCCUCAUCUUCCUCUUCGUCUUCCUCCUCCUCUUCAUCUUCAUCGUCUUCAUCUGAGGACAGUGACAGCGAUGAUGGAAAUGAACAGAAAUGCGAACGAGUGCCCCAUGUGAAGGCUUACGAUGAAGAGAGUGUAGCCUCUCUGAGCACCAUACAGGAUGAAACUCAGGACAGCUUUCAACUGGACAAUGGAAUCUCAAGCUCAAACUAUCUCGCCCAAGGGGGAUAUAUGUUUGCAGCUGCCCACUGGCCAAAGGAUCGCGUAAUAAUUAACAGAUUGGACAGCAUUUGCCAAGCAGUAUUGAAAGGAAAGUGGCCUACGCCACGAAAAACCUAUGAUGGUGUCCGAGUGGUGACCUUCUACACUAAUCAACUACUAGAUAGCCCCGGGGCUGCCACAGAAUACAGUGAAUCCGGUGUACAGCCCCCCACCUGUGUGGCCAUCAAAGCUGAACCCUGCCAAUCACCACAGAUGUCAAAGGUGAAGAAGCAUGUACCAGAAAAGGAGUUUACAGUGAAAAUCAAUGACGAAGGUGGCUUAAAGCUGACAUUUCAGAAACAAGGGAUUCCUCAGAAGAGGCCUUUGGAUGGUGAAGAGGCAAUGGGACAGCAGCAGUAUUUGGCUCGACUGCAGGAUCUUCAGAAUGCCUCUGAGGCCAGUCUUGUAACCUUUCCAAAACCCUUGGCAGCAUCAGGUACUUCUAAUACACUGCCAACUUCCGGUUUGAAUGGUAUGACAUCGGAUGCCCAGCCAACCGUCAAAAAAAGAAGAGGCAGGAGGAAGAACGUAGAGGGAGUUGAUAUUCUGUUUAUGAACCGAAAUAAGAUGCUAAAUCAUGUGAACUCAGCUGUGGAUCCUUCCUUAUCUCAGCAUUUACCUGGCCCUCCGGUGCUUCCGGGAACACUAGACGCAGACAGUCCUGUCCCGGUCAUUAACUUAAAGGAUGGCACAAGGCUAGCAGGGGACGAUGCACCAAAAAGAAGGGAUCUAGAGAGCUGGCUUAAAGCACACCCUGGUUAUGUAGAAGACCGGGGGGCUUCCAUCCCUAGGAUGCAGCUUCAUGACGGUAGACCCAAACAGAAGAGACACAGAUGUCGAAAUCCUAAUAAACUGGAUGUGAACAGCCUCACCGGAGAUGAACGUGUUCAGCUCAUCAACAAGAGGAACGCCAGGAAGGUUGGGGGAGCAUUUGCCCCUCCCCUUAAAGACCUGUGUCGGUUCCUGAAGGAAAAUCCAGAGUACGGAGUGGCUCCAGAGUGGGGAGACGUUGUAAAACAAUCUGGCUUUCUCCCAGAUAGUAUGUUUGACCGUAUCCUAACUGGCCCUGUGGUGCGUGAGGAAGUGAGCAGAAGAGGCAGAAGGCCAAAGAGUGAAAUUGCCAAGGCAGCAGCAGCAGCCACAGCAUCUGGCAACUCUAUGAACGUCAGCCCUUUGUUAGCAAAUGGCCUAAUCCCAGGCAUGGAUAUUUCCAGCUACCGGGCUUUACAGCAGAACUUCCAGAGUCUUCAGUCUUUGCAGCUAACAGCUGGAUUAAUUGGUUUGCCUGCAGGGCUCUCUGCUUCUAGUGGAGAUGCCAAAAAUAUGGCUGCCAUGUUUCCAAUGCUGCUAGCUGGGUUGCCCAAUCUUUUGGGUAUGGGAAACCUGUUGAGCAAGUCGUCAGAGCCCAGUGCCAAGGAAAAAGAGAAGAACUGUACAGAUGAAUGCAAAGAAGGUGAAAAAGGCAAAGAAAGGACGAUGUCCCCAUCUGGUGACAAGGCCAGGCAGAACUCAAGCCCUCCUUCCACUUCUAUGGGAACUGCUGUACAGGCAGGUUCCUUAUCUAUCAACCCACUGCUGUUACCCAAUAUACUCUACCCAGGGAUGCUUCUCACUCCAGGCCUUAAUCUUCACAUCCCAACUGUGCCCCAACCGAACAUUUUCGAAGUACAGAAUACUAGCAAAGAUGCUGGCCCAGUAGUGACCCCAGAUUCUACAGCAAAACCACCUCCUGCUCCCAGCCAGGACAAAAAAGUGAAGAAUGAGGUUGGCUCUCAAAAUGAGAACAGCACAGAUGACUGUUCUGAGAAGGCAGAACCUUCCUCAGGAUCAAAUAGCCCCUCUUCUUCCUCAGCUGAGGACUCGGAUUCUUCAGAGGAAGACUAACCUUGACAAAACCUGCACUUAAAUUAUAAUCCCCCUCCCCUCUUCCCACAAAACCUUUUCUUGCCUACAAUUAUUUUAAUUGUAAAUAAUGCGUUACAAGUGCAUCAAAGGAUUUUAAAGACAAGCAGACAUUUCAGUAUUCUGAAAAUGCAAAUAGCGUUUUAAAAAAACGUUUUGCAUGUAAUAUUCUCACAGAGACUUGUAUGUAAUAUCAAAAAACAAAAAUACACACUGUGCUGUAAGAGGCUUACAGCAAAAGGCAUUAACUUUUGUUUGAGGGAAGUCUGGGGUAAUUUUAUGGAAAAAAAAUGAAAAAGACAAAAAAAAAAAGAAAUAAAAGGCAAACCCGCUCUCUAAGAGCUGUAUAUAAAUAAUAUAUUUGCAGUGAAACACAGAAUCCUCUGAGUAUAUUGUGGUUUUCCUUUCUGCCUUUAGUUUUUACAAUUUCCUCAAGCGUAUCACUUAACAGAACUCAGCAAUAAUUUGGGCCGUUUACGAAUGUUGUGGAAAUGUUUAAUAGCUAUGUUUUAUUUCACCGUAAAGGGAAAUGAUUAUGAAAUUGUUUAUUUUAUUUUUUAUUUGUAAGUUAUGGUAGCAUCAUUCAGUCUGUUAGUACAGCAUAUAGGCACCAAGAUUAUUUAUUUAAAUAUUAUUCAUUUGGGAAUAUACACUUUGACUCUAAAAGAGCCUUGAUUUAGCCUCUCCCAUGUGAAAGCACAAAGCUUAUGCCCCUUUCUUUUACAACACCGUUUGCUAAUUAGCAAUCACAUUGCAUUGAUCCUUUACAAAGUAAAGGGAUUCAUUAAGAUGUUUAAAAGGGUUUCAGAGAUUAAUUGAAAAAUGUCAUACCCUGGAGGAUUGUAUACCAAGAAUAACCUUUUGUUUGUAUAGUUCAACACAUUUAAAGUAUUAAUAUAUGUACUAAAUGUACAUAACUGAGUGAGCAUUGGUGGGCUCAAUCACCACUCGGCGCCUUUUUUUUUUUUUUUUUAAGGAACGGACUUGGUGGCAGCAAAAUAAAUCCAUGUGGUCCAGGCAAAACUGUAGUGGAAGGCCAGGCCAGGUAUCACGGCAAAAUGUUCCCACUGCAAACGUGAAAGAACUGGUGAAUAAUUACAACCAAACUCUAAAAAAUAUAUAAAUGCACUGUUGAUAUGCAUAUACAGUAGGAGCUGUUUUACCUGCCAAGUGAUUUUUUUUUCUGUCCAGCCAGUCCUGAAAUGUACACAGCCAGGCCGGUGACCUGAUCUUUCUGUACUGCAGUUAUACACAACAUCCUGGUCACCUCCCUAUUUUUUAGACUGUAAUUGGACAGUGCUGAUGGGGGGUCCUUGCUCACCUACUGUGUCAGUAUGUUCCUAGGCAGCACAAGUGUAUGAAGCACACCUAAUUGCCUCCUAGGUAUGCCCCUCCCUCUUCUAAGUGCUGCUGUUCAGGAAAUGAUCUGGUCAGAUUCAGGUACAUAUGAAUGUUGCAUUUAAAUAUAUACUCUGCCUGGUGUUCAGCUUUAAACCUGCAAUCUUGCAGAACCUGCUCAUAUCUUCAUUUGGCUGACCAAUUUCCCCCCACUCGUGUUACAGUAUAAUGAUUUAUACUGUUUUACAAAUUUGAUCGUAAUUUGCAAAAGGUUGUUUCAAAUUAUUUGCCAUCUGUCCUGUAUCACUAUGCCAUCUUGUAUCUCUGAUGACUCUUAAUGCCGCAGAUUGUUGGAGCCAGGUAUGUUACUGGUGUAUCGAAAGACCUAUGUCAUUAAAAGCACUUUGUUAUCUUGAUAAAAUUACAUGUUGAGCUAUUGUA